GUUCGUGAAGAAGUAGAAGCAUCGAAAGGUUUGGAGAGGUAUUGCAGGAACGGUGGCGACAACGGUGUUCCGGAACCAGACUGGGUAAGUGGUGGAGAACAGUUACGCGUGGGGACUUCGCAGGCCAUUACAGCCUUCUUGGUUUCUGUGGCGAAGCUAGCAUAACUUAAACACGUAGGCUGCGUACGCUGCUUGGCGCGACCGCUGGAACCUCAUCUCCUUAAAGCGGCGGGGUCCGCCCGACUUGGGCAUAAGUAAUCUUGCUGCUAUGCUUCCAAGCUGUAGUCUGAAUCAACCUAAAUUUUAAACAGAAGGUGAACCUCUGAGGUAGAAAAUCAAAUAUAUUUUAAAAGGCAGGAUGUGGGAUCAAGGAGGACAGCCUUGGCAGCAAUGGCCCUUGAACCAGCAACAGUGGAUGCAGUCAUUCCAGCACCAGCAGGAUCCAAGCCAGAUUGACUGGGCUGCAUUGGCUCAAGCUUGGAUUGCCCAAAGAGAAGCUUCAGGGCAGCAAAGUAUGGUAGAACAACCGCCAGGAAUGAUGCCAAAUGGACAAGAUAUGUCUACAAUGGAAUCUGGUCCAAACAAUCAUGGGAAUUUUCAAGGGGAUUCAAACUUUAACAGAAUGUGGCAACCAGAAUGGGGAAUGCAUCAGCAGCCCCCACACCCCCCUCCAGAUCAGCCAUGGAUGCCACCAACACCAGGCCCAAUGGACAUUGUUCCUCCUUCCGAAGACAGCAACAGUCAGGACAGUGGGGAAUUUGCCCCUGACAACAGGCAUAUAUUUAACCAGAACAAUCACAACUUUGGUGGACCACCCGAUAAUUUUGCAGUGGGGCCAGUGAACCAGUUUGACUAUCAGCAUGGGGCUGCUUUUGGUCCACCGCAAGGUGGAUUUCAUCCUCCUUAUUGGCAACCAGGACCUCCAGGACCUCCAGCACCUCCCCAGAAUCGAAGAGAAAGGCCAUCAUCAUUCAGGGAUCGGCAGAGAUCACCUAUUGCACUUCCUGUGAAGCAGGAGCCUCCACAAAUUGAUGCAGUAAAACGCAGGACUCUUCCAGCUUGGAUUCGAGAAGGUCUUGAAAAAAUGGAACGGGAAAAGCAGAAGAAGUUGGAGAAAGAAAGAAUGGAGCAACAACGUUCACAAUUGUCCAAAAAAGAAAAGAAGGCCACAGAAGAUGCUGAAGGAGGAGAUGGCCCUCGUUUACCUCAGAGAAGUAAAUUUGAUAGUGAUGAGGAAGAUGAAGACACUGAAAAUGUUGAGGCUGCUAGUAGUGGAAAGGUCACCAGAAGUCCAUCUCCAGUUCCUCAAGAAGAGCAAAGCGAACCAGAGAUGACUGAAGAAGAGAAAGAGUAUCAAAUGAUGUUGCUGACAAAAAUGCUUCUGACCGAAAUUCUACUAGAUGUCACAGAUGAAGAAAUUUAUUAUGUAGCCAAAGAUGCACACCGGAAAGCAACGAAAGCUCCUGCAAAACAGCUGGCACAGUCCAGUGCACUGGCUUCCCUUACUGGACUCGGUGGACUGGGUGGUUAUGGAUCAGGAGACAGUGAAGAUGAGAGGAGUGACAGAGGCUCUGAGUCAUCUGACACUGAUGAUGAGGAAUUACGGCACCGAAUCCGGCAAAAACAGGAAGCUUUUUGGAGAAAAGAAAAAGAACAGCAGCUGUUACAUGAUAAACAGAUGGAAGAAGAAAAGCAACAAACAGAAAGGGUUACAAAAGAGAUGAAUGAAUUUAUCCAUAAAGAGCAAAAUAGUUUAUCACUACUAGAAGCAAGAGAAGCAGACGGUGAUGUGGUUAAUGAAAAGAAAAGAACUCCAAAUGAAACUACGUCAGUUUUAGAACCAAAAAAAGAGCAUAAAGAAAAAGAGAAACAAGGAAGGAGUAGAUCAGGAAGUUCUAGUAGUGGUAGUUCCAGUAGCAACAGCAGAACUAGUAGUACUAGUAGUACUGUCUCUAGCUCUUCAUACAGUUCUAGCUCAGGUAGUAGUCGUAGUUCUUCUCGAUCUUCUUCUCCUAAAAGGAAAAAAAGACAUAGUAGGAGUAGAUCUCCAACAAUUAAAGCUAGACGGAGUAGAAGUAGAAGUUACUCUCGCAGAAUUAAAAUAGAGAGCAAUAGGGCUAGAGUAAAGAUUAGAGAUAGGAGGAGAUCUAAUAGAAAUAGCAUUGAAAGAGAAAGACGAAGAAAUCGGAGUCCUUCUCGAGAGAGACGUAGAAGUAGAAGUCGCUCAAGAGAUAGGCGAACCAAUCGGUCCAGUCGCAGUAGGAGUCGAGAUAGGCGUAAAAUUGAUGAUCAACGUGGAAAUCUUAGUGGGAGCAGUCAUAAGCAUAAAGGUGAGGCUAAAGAACAAGAGAGAAAAAAGGAGAGGAGCCGAAGUAUAGAUAAAGAUAGGAAAAAGAAAGACAAAGAAAGGGAACGUGAACAGGAUAAAAGAAAAGAGAAACAAAAAAGGGAAGAAAAAGAUUUUAAGUUCAGUAGUCAGGAUGAUAGGUUAAAAAGGAAACGAGAAAGUGAAAGAACAUUCUCUAGGAGUGGUUCUAUAUCUGUUAAAAUUAUCAGACAUGAUUCUAGACAGGAUAGUAAGAAAAGUACUACCAAAGAUAGCAAAAAACAUUCAGGCUCUGAUUCUAGUGGAAGGAGCAGUUCUGAAUCUCCAGGAAGUAGCAAAGAAAAGAAGGCUAAGAAGCCUAAACAUAGUCGAUCGCGAUCCAUGGAGAAAUCUCAAAGGUCUGGUAAGAAGGCAAGCCGCAAACACAAGUCUAAGUCCCGAUCAAGAUCAACAACCCCUCCCCGUCGUAAACGCUGAGGAAUGAUGUGGCAAGAAUGCCAUGAUGUUUAAAAAAAUUCCAUGAGUUUUAAGGGCUUGUCUCAUUAUAGAGGCACAUUGUGGCUGUGUAGGUGAAACCAGAAUCUUUUUUUUUUUUAAUCUGUAAAUAGGUGUACUUUUUCCAAAUGCUGCUCCAAGUUACUUAAUAGGAUUUCUUUGUAUUACAUUUUUUUCAAAAAAUAGUGCUUAAUAAGACUAUAAACAUGCCAUUCUCUUUCAGCUGUAAUGUUCUUAAAAUUAUUCUUGAAUGUACUGUGAUGUCAAUAAAGCUCUUCAGUUCAUUUUUGUUAA